CCCAAAGCUCAAAGGUUCCUGAAAUAUAGCAUAUCCGAUUUUCAUAAACACGUGGCAGCAACCCAUUGCACCUUCCAAAUUUCUUGGGCCAAUCUCGUGGCUAUCCCGAACGUUCCUGUUAAUCACUCUGCUGAGAGAGAGAGAGCAGCAACGAACAAUUAGAGAAUUCUUUCAAUGGCUGGGAUUGCUGGUGCUGGUUAUUCAACGCUUUCUUGUACAAGCAAUUCCAGGAGAAGUUGGUUGGAAUUAAAGACUCACCAUGGAAGAGCCAUCUCAGGGAUUCCUGCUCGGCGAAGAAAUUUAAGCAUUAGAGCGGAAGUGAAUUUUGUGAAUGCUGAAGAAGCAAAAAGGCUUAUAGCACUCGAGGGUUAUGCAGUUCUUGACGUCCGUGAUAAAUCUCAGUUUGAUCGAGCUCAUAUCAAAUCAUGUUAUCAUGUGCCUCUUUUCAUUGAAAACCAAGACAAUGACCCUGGCACAAUAAUAAAGAGGACUUUGCACAAUAAUUUUUCAGGUUUAUUCUUUGGGUUGCCAUUUACAAAACCCAAUCCUCAUUUUGUACAAUCUGUGAAAAGCCAGUUUUCACCCGAUAGUAAAUUGCUACUUGUAUGCCAGGAGGGGCUAAGGUCUACUGCUGCUGCCAAUAAAUUGGACCAAGCUGGUUUCCAGAAUGUAGCUUGUAUAACAUCAGGACUUCAAACCGUAAAACCAGGUACAUUUGAUUCUGUAGGUUCUAAAGAGUUGCAAGACGCUGGCAAAGCUGGUUUGGUGACAAUUCAAGGCAAGAUCUCAGCUGUGCUUGGCACUGUGCUCAUCUGCGCAUUUCUGUUCAUAACCCUGUUUCCGGAUCAAGCAGAGAAGCUACUUCAGAUGUUUCCUGCAAGCUAGGCCUAGCUUGUCGAGGAACCCAAAAUUUUUGUAGUUUCUAUGUUGCCAACGCCAACAUGAAUCCUAGCGAAGGGAAUGAUGAAACAAUUUGUAUAGCUAGGGUCAUGUAACUUGUUAGCCAGGAGCAGAAUAAGAGAGAUUCAUUGAGACACGAAGAAGAGAAAAUCCCGUUUUAUAAAAGGGAAACGAAUUUUGGCAUUAACAACAUUGCCUAUCUUGUUAAAUUCUAUGCGUAAGAGAUGCUAUACGGUGCUCAAA